AAUUAGAAGUCUAUUCUGGUUUCCGACGUGCCAACCUGGAAUUGAGGUUAUAUUGGCUAGAAACUCCUUAUGAGUCAUUACUCAGAACAGAAUUUUAGGUGUAGUGGGGCGUAAAGAGGUUAAGAGAAAGGGGACUGAAGAGCGCGCAGAUGACCUAUAGUCUCCAAGAUAUUUAUAAUGACGUGUACUAUAUCAAAUUAUAAAACAUUUUUUCAAAAUUAGUAGUAGAAUCCCUUGUUCACAUACUGUUUAACAAACAACUUUUUAGAUUUACACAUAGAAGGACCGACGGGUUCGAAACUAAUCGGUACCCUAGACCGAAAUUUUUAUACAAAAUUAGGUAAGAAACCUUUCUAUAAAAGACGAUAUUUAUUAACUAUACCUGUCGCCGGCGACUCUCUGUGCGUAAAUAAAAAAAAAACUUAUUUACCCUAUGUGACCUUUCACAAUAUGUUCUGUAUCUAUCGAUAUCCGUUAAGCCGUUCUGGACAUACCUUUAUAUAGUUACCAGUACGAGUACCAUCUAAACAUUUGCAUUUAUAAUAUUAGCAAAAUAAUAAGAGUAAGAUUUUGCAUUUACAUAAUAUGGACGUAACAUAAAAGAAAAACAAUGAUACAACAUUUAAAAUAAAUUACAUUGCUUCUAAAGCAAUGGGACGCAAAAAAAAAGAUGCUGUCGCCUGUGGUAAUUGGUGUAACUUUCAAUAUACAAUUUUUUUAUAUGUAUAAACUAGCGUUCAGCUUUGAUCUCUUUUUUGAUUAGAAAUGCCUACUCACCCUACCUCAUUUAUUACAAAAUUUAUAAAAAUAUCGUACAGAUAUUUAACAAAAUGGCAAUUACAUAACAAAAACAAUAUAGAUCCGGAAAUUACUGACCUGAAUAGACUUUUUUGUAACUGCAGUAGUUAUGAUACCUAAGUAGAUACAUUAAAGGAAAUUUCAAGAUUCGAAAAAAGGUAAACAGAGAUCUGUGCCAAGACUAGUCAGUCUACAAAGAAAGUAAAAGAAGAAAGAAAGAAGUUGAGUACAAGUCAUGAUUGUCUCUGCAAUGCAAACUGCAGUAUUGAUGUACAACCGAUUUGUUUGUUUGACCUUUGUAACAAAUAUUUUCUAUUUUAAAUUUCGAAGUACUCAAUGGAUUCGAUAAUGAUUCAGCGCCAUAAGUAAUUCAGAUCAGUGAACUUGGUGACGUGUGCGCCGGCCGCAGCCCGUCGCCGUCUCUCCAUCGCGGAGGGGCGAAUGCAGGCGAGUGUAAGAAAGUAAUUGUUUGAUUCGAGCAGAAGCAAUCUCUCGCUACCGCGGGAACGCGCCAUAUAAAAGCCUCUCUGCACUUGUCGCUCGAUAGUUUUUACUCGCACUUCGAACGCACACUUCAUACCCAUCGCUAUGGAGUUACUGAAAUUUACUACACUACUAUGUUGCAUAUGCGUAGCUUUUGCCUCUGAACACAAGCACAUAAUCCCCGUGGAGAACUACGACACAGAACUACAGGAUCUGGGUCAGCAUGUGGAGAUACCAGAAACUCCUGUUAGAGUUGUAAAAAUUACAAAGACCAUAGCUGUUAAAAUUCCCGUACCCUAUCCGGUGAAAGUAGUGGAAAAAGUACCUUAUCCAGUGCACGUGUCAAAGCCUUAUCCUGUGCCAGUGCCGCAGAUCGUUAAGGUGCCUCAUGUAAUUAGUUCAAAGGACAAAAUCGGCCACGAAGCCUUAGACAGUCCUUACCAGGGCCACGGUCAAUUCGGUGGAAACACUUACCAAGUACAAGAACAUGCAUCUGAUGGGUACGGUCCUGACUCCGAAAACGUAUAUCACGGUGAUGGGGGUUACGGAAGCGGAUCACAAGGAGCCGGCGACGAGCACUCUCUGCAAAGUUCCAACGAAGACUUCGCCGGAGCCGGCAGCCACUACAGCCACCCCGGUAACCAAGAAGAUGUUAACACAUUCGAGUCCGAUAGUUACAAUCAAGCUAUUAAGAACUAUUUAGCAAAUCAUGGGUCUGGUAACCAAGGUCAUGUGCCACAUUACUAAAGUUAAUAAAAAUGUAUAAAUCUCUGGUGGUAUGGCUGUACCUGAACAAAAGUGUACAUAGUUACAAUUUUUGAAACUGUGAUCUUCAGAAAGAAAUAUAAAUCUCUUUGUAUUGUGUUUUAUAAGCCAAACCGUUCCAAACACUAUGCUCAAAUAGUCUGAUUAUUAUGUUUCGUUGUUGCUACAUGUGUAUGUACUAAUGAUAAGUUGUUAUUUAUAGUGUGAUCGGUGAUGAGUCGCUUGUAUAUAUGAGAAAUACAAAAUAUAAAAACCAAAA